AUGUAUGGUCAUCUCCAGGAUACCGUCUCUUAUCAACUCGAUCUUGGUGACAAUCUUGUGACGCUUUCUUCAAAUGGACCUGGAGAGUCUAUCAGUGGGUUACUAUAUGUGCCCGAGCUCUCCAACGAUGCUUGCAAUGAGGAGGCGAAGAGCCUGAUUCCGCCCAAUGUUACCCGACGCUCUGAUUUCCCUAAACCCCCAUGUGCGCUCAUGGCAAUCGCUCCUUGGAUAUCGCCGAACUGUACUCUUGCAUUCUUGGAUGCAGCAAACAAUGAUCGUGUAGUUGGUACUGUUCUUUAUAUCCCCAACAACUCAACAAGCAAACUGCCGAUGGGAAAUGGUACUAUAUGGAAGUUGGACGAGGACGAUACUUGGAAGUUGAACCACCCUUUUCCGGUAUAUGCUAUUCCCGGAGCAUACGGAAAGCAACUAGUAAAUGAAAUCUCCCUAUAUUCUGGAAAUUUGUCAUCUGUACCACAUGGAGAUGCACUUAGCAGCGAAUAUGGUCCGAAGGCACGCGCAAGGAUUUUUGCCCGGGUUGAUGUUGCACGAGGCCGGAGUUUGAUGCCAAACCUGUGGAUAUUUCUUCUGGCAGUUCUCGGAGUACUUAUUGUCAUUAUAAUCAUAUCGUCGAUUUUAAUGCGGUACAUCCAAAGACGACGUCGUCUGUCAUUACAGCGCAGGAUUCAGGCAGGGGAGGUGGAUUUGGAGAUGCUGGGCAUCAAAAGAAUGACUGUGCCUCAGCAUAUCCUCGAUAAAAUGCCCCUUUACACUUACUCUAAUGACGGAAAUAUUAUGACUCCUGCACCAGCCGUCACAACAGUCUCACAAAACAUUGACCAAGCACCGUCACCUACCACCCCGGAUAGCAAGAAGCCUGCUGCUAUACGGAGCUUUGUUUCGCACCUGUUUGGUAACUCUCGAGGGUCUACUGCACUUGCGCAAGCCAAAGGAGGAAAAAGAACAGAUGCUCGGACUCAAGCUUUGCCUUCCAAUCAGGAUGUCGGCCAACUCACAUUCUCGCAGUGCACAUGCCCCAUUUGUCUCGAAGAUUAUGUCUCUGGAGAAACUACUGUUCGGGAACUUCCAUGUCGACACUUAUUCCAUCCAGGGUGUAUUGAUACGUUCCUACUGCAAAAUAGCAGUUUAUGUCCAGUGUGCAAGAUCAGUGUCCUUCCAGUUGGGUAUUUUCCAGAAACGGUAACAAACUUGAUGGUUCGUCAAGAACGACUUGCCAGAAGAAUACAAGAAGAACGGGAGCGACAACGAACCAAUCCGAGGACUAAUACACCGAAUAUUCCGUUAAUGAACCUUCCACAAAACUUGCGCAAUAAUACAGCGGAUAGUACAGAGCGGCAAGAGGCAAUGCGUCAGAGAGCAGUUGCUAUGCUCGGUAACGAAAGGAUGGCCGAAGAUGAAGAGCGAGAACGAGCUGCUGCCAGGCCAAAAUGUAAGAGCUUAAGUUUCCAUUCUUAUCAUUCAUGCUCUCCCCUUCCUUCCUCAUCCUGUCAGAAUCUAACUUUCUUGAUUAGGGCUUAA